AUGGCAAGCAUAUUACAGACGGUGACCGGCAGAACAACGAGCUUUGUAAGAGACUCAAAUCACUUUAUUCAAUUGUUGAAGGACGUCAAAAUCCAAAACGACGAGAUAAUGGUGAGUUUCGACGUGGCGUCUCUAUUUACAAAUGUACCGGUAGCGGAAACUAUAAAUAUUAUAAGACAACGCCUUAUAUCACACAAUAUACCUACUGAUUACAUGAGUUUAAUAGAGUUCUGCCUUACGAGUGGCUAUUUCCGUUGGCGAGGGGAUUUUUACCUUCAGAUGGAUGAAGUGGCGAUGGGCUCGCCAAUAGCACCAGUUGCGGCUAAUAUAUUUAUGGAAUACUUCGAGGAGGAGGCGUUGAAGCAUGCACCUUUUAAACCCAGAUACUGGUGGAGAUACGUAGACGACGUGUUCGCUAUAGUUCCCAGACAAGCCGUCACUCAACUACUAAACCAUUUGAACGACGUACAUCCAAAAAUCCAUUUUACUACGGAGGAGGAAAAUGAAGGAACUCUCCCAUUUUUGGACGUACUAGUGAAGAGGGAACCUAGUGGUAAUCUAGUACACACCGUGUAUAGAAAGCCUACACACACGGAUCGGUACUUGAGGGCGGACUCUCAUCACCAUCCAUCUCAGCUAUCUUCAGUGCCGCGCACGCUUAUAAGUCGCGCAAUACGUUUAUGCGACACUCAAUUCCUGCAGGCUGAAUUGACGCACGUACGGCACGUAUUAGAGAGCAAUGGAUACAACUGGCGACAGAGUUACCGAAUAGCGAACACGACCAGCAAACCACGGCCUCAGGUUGCAGAGCGGGUCCCGGUCUAUUUACCAUUUAUGCGAGGGGUUACGGACAAAAUUGGACACCUGUUACGCCGUAGGUUCAGCAUCAGGACAAUUUUCCGCCCAAUGACACAGAUCAAACAACUUCUGCGAUCUCCAAAGGACCGGGAUCCCCUAGAUAGUCCUGGUGUCUACGAGAUCCCGUGCGACUGUGGUAAAAGUUACGUCGGCGAAACGGGGCGCAAUAUAAAGUCGAGACUCUCUGAGCAUAUCCGCAGUAUGCGUAAAUUAGACGGCAACACCUCGGCGGUUGCGGAUCACGCACUUAACUCCGGAACCUCGCAUUAUAUUAGGUUCGACAAAGUUAAAGUGCUGGCCCGUGAGAGGAACUUCGUGUCUCGGAAGCUUCGGGAGGCUAUUGAAAUAGGUCGUCGACCUAAUUUCAACAGAGACAAGGGGUGGGCUCUGCCGCGUACAUGGGAACCCGUCUUAAUGAACGCGGCGCGACACAACAUCAACAAUGCUGAAGACGAUAUUGUGGAUAUAAUCAGUACAUUUUGUGCCCCCGGAAACGCUAAUAACAACACCAAUACUGCUUUGGUAUCAACCUCGUCAACGACGCCGGCGCACCCCGCGCCCCCCGCCCCCUCAAGACGCGCCCUAAGAGCGCAGGCGCGCAACACUCCCUUAAAUGGUUACAUAUUCUGUUUUGCCAUCAACAUCGGACUCUACUUAAUGACGAGCUUGAGUCCUGAAUACCUGAUCCUAUAUCUGUCUAUUCGAACUAUCGUGUCGGACGACAAUUGUCAGAAAGCACUUGGUAUUGAAUUCCUCCACAUACCUUCUCACAAUUUACAAAACUACUACAGUGAAUAUUUCGAUGAAGAAGGAUCACUCUAUGAGACGAAGCGUGACCACGAACUAGUCCCAGUUGCACCCUACCCGGGAGGGUCCCCAACUAGUCGGAGCUUACUUUGGAUUGCGCAGCUCGGAGGUAAAAAUGGAACCGCAGGCUGCCAGUGCGAAUUGGGUCGCGACAAAUUAUUGACCGCACCGCCAUACAGUCGGUGUCCCAUCCAAGACGAUGUACCAAAAUCUCGAUUUUCCACCGCCCCCUGUCGUCGAGACUUCGAGCAGUACAAAUGCCCCGUCAGUCAUACACUGGUCACUUUCAAAUCUCCCAUGCAUCCUAACGAAAUGUUCAGCAAAGUCUUCCCAAGUAAUACACCUAUAAAAUUUGUAAAGCGUAAAUUGGCAAAGCUGCUAUCCAUUUCAAACAGCAAUUUACUGCUUACUAUAAAUAGGAGCAUACUUAAGGAAACUAGUUUGCUAUCCAACUUGAAAACUGACGCUCACGGCAAUUUGACGAUCGACGUUUACACAAAGGAUUCCGAAAAGUUUGCGUUGUCAUCCAUACCCAAAGAGAACUACGUUCAUGAACUUCUUCAAUCGAUCUUACCAAAGAAAAAGGCUCUUCCUUUUAUAGCAAUAAAAUUUAGAAUACGAAAUCAAAUGAGCAUUUUUACUCGAUCAUAUCACUCUGCUAUAAAAAUCCACGAGAUUAAAAAGAAUUUGGCUGGACUAUUUCAAGUAGCUCCUGAUAACCUUGUACUACUACGCGGUGAAAACCCGCUGAAAGAUCGAAUGGCACUUUUGGACCUGGACUAUAACAAAUACGGAAUAGUUGAAGUCGAAUUACUGACAAAGGACAGUAAAAAAUUGAACUUGGACAAGUUGUAUAAGGAAGUGCCAUCGAACGAUGUAUUAGCCGUGACAGUGCCAUUUGGUACCGGCUUAAGGCAACUAAAUGUCGAAGUAUUCUCAAGGCCAAUUGAAAAACCUUUUCUGGGUGGUUUUAAAAAUAUACACACAGGUGUUAUAUAUCAUCAUGCUUUCACACAAACACCUCAAAAGCCGGAGAAAGUAUCGCCGGAGAGAAAAAACUGCAGAGAUACUCAAACUGCUGAAGAAAUCGAAAGAGUUCUGGAAACCAGUUACAGUCAAGCUACACAAAUGGCCAAUGAGAAAGUGUAUAUUCCUAGUGUGACCGAUAAAAUUAUUAUUCCUAAACGUUAUGAGACUUACGAAGAAAUGAUAGCGAGGUUGAACCACAAACAUUACGCAUCUAUCAUACAGCGCGCCUUCCGACAUUACCAGUUUAGACAAAAGGUAGAAAAAUGGCUGAAAGAGUGCAAAGAAAGAAUUAGAAGGAUGCAGGAAGAAGAUAGACUAGAACGCGAGGCUAUGGAGAGACGCUUACGGAGAGACCUCAUCACGAAGACCUUUCCUAAGACACGAGAAGACUUCGAUCAGCUUUACGCAAUGGUCGACCGGUGGAAACAUGGAGAGAUAUCGAGAAUUUCGCGGCUGCAUUCAAAAGGUCCCAAAAUUGCAGAAUUUACUUUGCUCCUAGACAAAGAAGUUGAACUGCUGCGAUGCAUCGAAUCUUACAGACUUAAAGUGAGGGAAGACAGUCGUAAGACAAAAGAGAAACAGUUCUUAGAGGAAAUAUCAAAACCCGUUGCUUGGUUUGGCAGAGACGGUAAACUGAUUACGAUGGAAACCAUAGAAAUACAGAAAGCGAGAAAGCUUAAAGAAUUGUAUAAUUCCUUUUUACGUGACGACUUGGAGGUCAACGAAAGGAUCGAGCUUCUCGUCGAUAUGAAAGCCGCACUUCAAGAAUUUUCACAUGACUUAGUCGACGAGAUCAUAGCUCUGUUGGAUAGAGAGUGCGACCUUCUUGUAAGAAGAUGCGACGAUCAUCAAUUAGAAUUUUUAAGACGAAGGAUCUCUGCAAGUGUAUUACAGCUAAUUAAAACGUCAGAGCUAAAUUCGGGCGUGACGAAGUGUAAAGAUAUUAGAGACUACCAGAAGAUGGAGGAAGGAAGGCUGUAUUUCUGUGAAAUGUGCCAUCAGGUUAAGUUGCACACAGAAUUCCCAUUGAAUGCAAAAAUGAGUGGAUUCCUCGUGUGCAUGUCGUGCUCUUGGAAGGACGUCACCGAGAGACUUUGGAUCGAUAUGACUCCUUACAGAUUCAUUCUUAGAGCCGUUCAGCGUGAUGAAAGACGUCGUAAAUGCUGGGGAUCUUUGGCAUUCGUCCUACAGGAGAAAGAUAUAUUCUUCAUUGUGGAGAAACUCUGGCAUUCUCACUCUGCUAUCAGCGAAUGUGCUGACAUGUCACAGUUGAGACUGUGUCGUUGGAACGUCGCAGAGGAUUGGUCUCCGUGGAACUGUUUCCUGGUUACCGUUGAAGAAAUGAAAGUGCAUUUGAAAUUGGAAAAUCCGGAGGCGGUAUACGAUGAGGAGCUGGUGAGUAAGGUUGCAAACAAGCAUAAGCUCGCCCGCGCUAACUUUGAGCAGUUGAUAUCAAUCAACAAACGUUUUACCGAGAGCGGCGACUGGCAAGGAAUUCGGGCACCUGCAGUCGCACAUGUCAACGCCGUUGACCGCAUUACUUUGGGUAAAUUUGUAUAGCUCUUACUUAUAUAAAUCAU